AAAAAACCCUAUUUUCGCAUUUUCGUUUUCCCUCUCCCUCGCAAUAAAUUUGAUCACAUCCCAAUUCCCCUUUUCAAUUCAAAUCGACUCCUCUCCUCUCCUCUCCUCUCUCUCGAUUCCCCUCGAGAGCCCUCUUCGAGCUCCAUCCAUGGCGACUGCGGCGGCGAAGAGGGCGGCGGCGAGCGGCGGCGGCGGCAGCGGCGGCGGCGGCGGCGGAGGGGAGACGAGUCGCCAGGGCGUGGCGGAGCGCCGCGUUCUCCGGUCUCGCUACCUCGCUGUAAAGAGCCAAAUCUGUGAUGAGAGGGACGAUGUGGCGAGAGCGGAUUCGGAUAAGUUCCAGACCAUCAUCAGCCAAGUGGAGAGCUUGCACCAGCUGGUUCAGAAACCCAGGGAACAAGUGGCAGAUGCAGAGGCUCUAUUGGACCUCGCCAACACAUUGGUGACAUCAGUUAGGUCUCAAUCGGGUGAAGGAAUCACACCUUCUGAUUUUGUGGCUGCAUUGCUUAAGAACUUCAGUAGAUCGGAUGUAGAGAACAAUCCAAACCUGUUCAAGUGGGCAGAUGUUGGCCUUGGUGUCUCUCAUGUUUUCAUGGAGGCCUCUGGGUGCUCCACCAUUCUUGCCAGGGUUGGUCCCAUGAAUAUGGAGGUGAAGCAGCGUAAGGUGGCUGUAGUUCAUAGAAACCGUAGGACGAGGCCAAAUGAAAGCACUCGACCAGAAGAGCUUGGUGAGUCAGAGGAAGUGAAAAGUGACACUGAUAAGAAUAUGUCUGUAAUGUUUGAUAUACUGCGGCGAAAAAAAAGUGUGAGACUCGAAAAUCUGGUUUUGAACAGAAAAUCCUUUGCACAAACAGUAGAGAACAUCUUUGCUCUAUCAUUCCUGGUGAAAGAUGGGAGGGUUCAAAUUGAUGUGCAUGAUAGCGGGCAUCAUUUAGUUUCUCCAAGGAAUGCUCCUGCUGCUAGUUCAGUGACAUCUGGUGAAGUCUCCUACAGCCAUUUUGUCUUCAGAUUUGAUUUUAAGGACUGGAAGCUGAUGAUGGAAAAUGUUGUAGCUGGUGAGGAAGUGAUGCCGCACAGGAAUCCUCGAGGUGCAAAUGGCGGCGGCGGCGGCGGCGGAGGCGGAGGCGAAGCUGCGAGGGCCGGGCCGAGAACACCGAUAAGGAAGCUCUCCCGCAACCGGGGCCUAGUCAUGCACGAUGAGAUGGUGGUCGAGGAUUCGCCCCAGAACGCCAACUCCGGCGACCAUCGCAAGCGUAGGCGCCUCUUCGACGGUUAGCCUUGCGACUAGGUUCAUGUUUGUGGUUUGAUAUAUUUUUGGUGUAUCAUUUUAAGUUAUUUGGCCCUUCUUGACCAUGUGUAUAUUCUAACACCAAUUUCACUGGCUUGAAUAUUAUCUACUCCGCUAAUCCGAAAUUUGGGAGAAUUUUUGUAGUGAAAGUACAAGUCAAUGCAUAUAAAUGUAGUGCUAUAUUUUGUUCUAACUCUGUUAUCUUGUCAAGCCAAAAGAUGUGCUACCAUUUUAUUUUAUUUUUUUCAUUUUAGAUAAA